GCGCCGUUAGAUGUCUCGUAAUUUGCACGCGAACCUCCGAACCCGCCGGGUUUCGGGCCCUGUAAUGCGAAAUCCUGCGUCGAAGGCCUGUCCUUGUCUCCGGUUUGGGUCUUGGGGGUUUGAGGCUCGGCACAUUACUGAUCCACGUCGUGUGUGGACUUGUGACGAUGCUCACCCGCGGGUGUCGUAAAGCACUCAACCCACGCCUGCACGCACGGCAGAUGCGGCGCCAAGUUCACAUGCAAUCAUACAUGGAACCGAGCAGGAUGCAAAAAAAGGAAUUGUGUGGGAACAAAGCUGGCUGUGCCCCACUUGAGCAACGAGGUCGACAAUCUCCACAGAAGAAGCAAGAGAAGGAAAAAGCGGAUUAUGUGCUCACCGUCCUGUACCCGUACCCACGAGAGCCCACAAGAAUAGCCGCUGGGUCACCAACACAUCAUUGCUGCCCCAAGUUGUCCUGCACGAUCGGGUGGGGGCGGUUGGUCGCACUCUGUCGUCAUCUUUUGUCGUGGUUGGCUCUCAAUGCUGAGCUGCCUCGACUCGUUGCCGCAGACUGUGGUUCCUUCUUGGAUAUCGAAUGGACAAUUCGGUCUUGUCGUCUCGGACAGCGUACCCCGAGUACCAGAACGGGCAGACUCGUGUGUAGGAACCAGUCAUCGUCCCAGCUUUCCCAGCAUGUCGGUUGGUGUUGCCAUGCCCACAGCACGAUCACCUGCGUCAAGGCCCAACUCGGGACGCUAAUGUUCCCAGCCAGCAGGAUGCAUGCAUGCACGGCAUGCCCUGCCCUGUCCUGCCCGCUAGCAGAGAAUGACUCACUGACUGACCUCUGCUCGCUGAUGCUCCCACAGAACCUGGUCUGGUUGGAUGUAGGGCUGUGCCUGCUCAUCAACCCCUGGUCGCCAUGGGGUGAACGAAUCAAGUAAGCAGGAGCGUCAUGACGUGAGCCCAAAGAGGAUUUUCUUGUGCGCCCGUGAACACGAUGAGCCCGCACAGGGAUCAUGGCCUGCUCGAGGAUCCAACGUCUCUGGCGUCGAAAUGAGCCACACGUUUGUCAUCUGGCGGUCUGGUAGACCAGGUUGUGGGACCCAGCCAUGGGAUUCGUCCAUGGUUGAAGACACAACGAAAAGCUCUGGCAGUCGACCAAUCAGUGUCCAGUUCCUGCAGACUGUCAGAAAGGAAAUACGGAUGCCUGGCUGAGAGCAAUACUCCGCCGUGCCUGGUCUCGAACACAAUGUGCGCCCAUGACACACUCUCCCGAGAUUUGACAAGCCACCGCCACGUCGUUAGCACGGCAGUUGUCGUGCGACACCGCUUGGC